GGGAGCACGCGACGCGAGGGGCUGGACUUCUGAAACGCCGGUAGGGAUUGUAACCGAACGCAGCUGCACCUCUUAGGUAUUAGCUGAAUACUUUAAUAUUAGUCCGGUUCGCGGGUGGUUUUCACUGUGAUUCGGUACACGGCUGGGGAAAAUGUCUAACGUCAACUGGAAGCCCUUUGUUUUCGGCGGGCUGGCUUCUGUGACGGCGGAAUGCGGGACAUUCCCAAUCGACCUAGCCAAGACACGUCUUCAGGUUCAAGGCCAAGUAGGCGACAGCAAAUACAGAGAGAUCCGGUACAGAGGCAUGCUCCAUGCUAUAGUGAGGAUAGGAAGAGAGGAGGGGCCACGUGCACUGUAUUCAGGAUUAGCUCCUGCUAUGUUGCGACAGGCCUCCUAUGGGACUAUAAAAAUUGGCACAUACCAGAGCUUGAAGCGACUGCUGGUUGACAGACCAGAGGAUGAGACAUUGCUGACUAAUGUGAUGUGUGGUGUUCUCUCUGGAGUCGUCUCCUCCUCCAUCGCCAACCCCACUGAUGUGCUGAAGAUCCGAAUGCAGGCUCAGGGAAGUUUGAUCCAGGGCAGUAUGAUGGGCAACUUCAUCAACAUAUACCAGCAGGAGGGAACACGAGGACUGUGGAAGGGCGUCUCUCUAACAGCUCAGCGGGCGGCCAUCGUGGUCGGGGUGGAGCUACCGGUGUAUGACAUCACCAAGAAACAUCUGAUCCUGUCGGGUCACAUGGGGGACAACGUGUACACACACUUUGUCUCCAGCUUUGCGUGCGGUUUGGCGGGGGCUUUGGCUUCCAACCCUGUGGACGUAGUCCGGACACGCAUGAUGAACCAGAGAGGAGGAUUUAUGUACCAGGGAACACUGGACUGUAUACUACAUACGUGGCGCUCCGAGGGCUUCAUGGCCCUCUACAAGGGCUUCUUUCCCAACUGGCUCCGCCUGGGACCGUGGAACAUUAUUUUCUUCCUCACAUACGAACAGCUGAAGAAGAUCAACGUGUGACUGGUGGAUCGAGACGGCGAAGAAGAGACGAGUAUGUGCUCAGGCUCAGAGACGAGCUGAGAGGACCAAAAUCGGGAAAGGCUUGGAUGGUGAUGGAUCCUUUAUGGAACCCCUGAACGUGAGGGAAGGGGUUCAUGUAGACCUCGUGUAUGAGGGGCGGAGAGAGAAUUUGCCUGAUUCCUGUUUGGGCUUCAUGUCUCCUAAAGCCUGUGGCAAGUGUGGAAGACUCACUCAUAACUAAUGUUUUAGCUCAUCCACAUGCUAUAUUAAGCUUAACCGCUCAUUUAAAUUUGAUAAUGGCCACUUUACUCUUGUUUAUGAAACCUUUUCUUUAACCAGAAACUUCUUAAAAAUGGCUCUAAUGCCACAAGGGUUUUCAGUCUUCUACACCUAAAAGUGGUUUUCAAAUUGAGUGCCUUAGUUUGUGAUGCAGGCCCUCUGAGUUACAAAGACUGAGAUUAUUCCCUUUUUUUGAAAAGAAAAAUGUUUGUGUGCAUUAGUCAACAGACUUGGACUAGGAUAAGGUGUGUUUUUUUAUUUUUAAAUGUAUCUCUAAAUUGAGGAUAGGGUGUGUGGAGAUUAUUUAUUAUUCCAAGUCUCCCUGGCGAAUCUUUUACAGAGUCAAGAGACAAGAAUAUACUCCACGGUCAUAUAAACAGCUCACACACACACACACACACACACACACACACACACACACGCGCCCAUAUGUGGCAAAACUAUUGGUCCCUUCAUGCCAGUGAGUGUUUGCAGUAAAUAUAGCUGGGGGUCAGCUGGGGGGAGGGACUCCCUGGGUUCUUGUCAGAUACGUUGCUGAAGCCCACGCUACUUUAGGAUUAGAUCAGCUUAUCCAAAGUACAUCAUUUGACCAGGUUUAUUGCUUUCAGACGCUGCACAUGAUCCACAGUUAUAAUGCCAGGUAUAUUUUCAUAUACUGUAUUUGCACGCUGUAUGCAUAAUGUGAGCUUUUUGUUGUAAAGAAAGAAUGUGUUAAUGGCUGUCACGUGUGAGCUGUCAUCGCUGCCAAAGUUUCCUUUCGAUGUACUUUGUGUGUAAGUGCUACUGUCGUCCUGUAUAUUUUUAAUAAAAUGGGGGGGAAAACCCAA